AUGAAAAAAUCAUCCGCCGUCACAUCACCACCAUCUCUCUCCCUCUUCCUCCUCCUGCUCCUACCGUUUCCAGCUCAAUCCUCCGAUAAUCUUAUCGACACAAUCUGCAAAGCGACACCAUUCUUUGACCUCUGUGAAGCUUCUCUCCGCCCUCUCUCUCCCUCACCUUCUGAUCCCAAGUCUAUAGCUUCCGCAAUAGCCAACGUUGUGCUCAGCAACAUGACCGAUACCUUAGGAUAUAUUCAAUCACUGAUCAGACACUCUCACGAUCCAGCUGCGGAGCGAGCGCUGGCUCAGUGCGCCGAGGUGUACAGGCCGGUGGUCCGGUUCAACAUUCCUCAGGCGACAGAGGCAAUGCGGCGAGGAGAGUUCGGAUUCGCGACGUAUGUGCUCGGAGACGCCGAGAAACAAACUGAUUCUUGUCAGAAAUGGAUUGAUAGUGCUGGCGCCGACGAUGAAAGUUCCGUGCCUCUUACGGCUAGAAACAAGCUGGUUAAGAAUCUUUGUGACGUGGCGAUUAUUAAGCCCAGUCAUUCAAAUCAGGCCCAAGCCCAUAUGAUGAUCAAGUCUGAGUCUGCAACACACAACAGACAAAAGACUCUAACGGUAAACAGAGGCAACGUAGAAGACAAGACAGCUCACCACCUACGACUGGUCAAUAGAUUCGGAGUCCUUCAGGAUCAGAUCGAGUGA